AUGAACACACUAAAACGUCAUCAAACAUGUCCAAAAAUAAACGAUACUAAUAAUAAUAAUCCCAUAAAAAAUGAAAUUGUUAAACGACCAACAAGUGCUAGUAGUAUAAGUGGUAAUUCUUGUUGUGCAACAACAACAAAUCAACGAACUCGUUCAAAUUCAUUCUCUGCAUCUAUAUCAUCAUGUCAACAAAUACAUACAACAUCUCGUUCAUCAUUAAAAACAAAAUUAAAUAAACAAAUAAAUAAUUCAAAUUCAAUAAAACCAUCUGUUCCUCCUAUUUCAACCCAAAAUGAUUUUGAAAAACUUGAACAGUAUGAUGAAAAACAUCCAUCAAUGAUCAGUAUAGCAUCUUAUGUUGAUAAAGUCAUUUUUGUUAAAGAUCAUCAAUCAUCUAAAACAGCUGAUAUAUUUGUUAAUCGAUUAAUUCAUUAUCAUGAAGAAGAAAAUGAUAAUAAACAUGAAGAAAUUUAUGAUUUAUCAGCAAGUCCUAAUCGCAUUCGACAAAGAAAAAUCAUUCCAUUUAAAAGCAAAGUUUAUGCUCGUAUUGAACAAUUAACAGUUGCAAAAACCAUAACAAGUGAUAAUGACGAUGACAAUGAUGAAGAUCAUAAAUGGAAUGAUGUUGGCGUCGAUAAAGUUAUUCCUGUUGUUGCUGAUGAAUAUAAUAGUGAUAGUGUACAAUAUCAACAAAAGAAAGGUUCAGCUCGUUCAUCUGAUUUUGGUGAUGAUCAUUCCUGGGCUGAUCGUGUUACUGCUCCACCUCUUAAUUCCUUAAUGCUCAAUACAUUUCCAGGUUUACGACAUAGAGUACCAGCAUCAGCAGUUGCUCCUGCUCCUUCUCCUCCUCCACCUCCAUUACCUAUAACUGAAUCUAAUCAAGAUUAUAGUCGUUUAGUUCAUGAAAAAGCUAAACAACUUGAAAAACAAAUCGAACUUUUUGAAAAAGAAAAUGUAUUAACAUUACAAGAAGAUUUAAAACAACGUGAAACACGUUGGUCAACAACAAUUAGUCGUUUAAAUGGAUGUAUUGAAACAUUAGAAUAUGAAAAUGUUGAAUUAAAACAAGAAAAAGAAAUUAUCGAACGUAAACAACUUGAUCUUAUGCAUCAAUUACAAACAGUUUCUGAACAACAACUGCAAGAAGAUACAUCAUCAUUAUCCAUAACAAGAAAAUCACUUGUAGAACUUCAACAAAUCAAACCACGUCCAAAAAAUACUGGAUCAAUAACAUCAAAAACUCAAUCAUUACCAAAAACAAUGGUAAUAAGAAAUUCUGAAUCAUCUAUAAAGCCAAAAAUAACAUCAAAUGGACGACGAACACCAACAAUAGUUGUCGGUGUUAAUGGAAUUAAAAAUAAUGUUGAUACAUCAAGAAAAUUCUCAUCAUUAUCCAGAACAAAACGUCCAACAUCAAUGAAUGAAUUAAUAGGAAGAAUUGAAUCAAUACCAAUACCAACUAUAAUUGAACAACCAAUUGUUGUUUCCGAAAGAGCUGAUUCACGAAAUGGAGGAAGUGAUAAAGAUAUUCAUCGAUUUGAUCGAAGAAAUGAUCAACAUUUAUCAUCAUAA